ACCACUUAUCCCACGUGUCCCACUUGUACCACGUGUUCCACUUGUCCCACGUGUACUCCGUGUCCAUUUGUUCCACAUGGUACACAUGAUACAAGUGGGACAAGUAUAACACGUGGGACAUGACAUUUUGGAGACACCGGUGACGAAGCCCACGUAUCAUUUCGCAAUCCAAAAAGGGGGAGCCGCCGACGCCUAUCAAAGUUUCUUCAUUCCAUUGGCUCGCGCCUAGGGCUGGGCAUUUCAAAUCGAAUAUUCGAAUCAAGAAUUAAUAAUAAUAAUCUUUCAUAAACGUAUCCAGGUCAAAUUAUCCCGUAGGGCGGAAAUUACCGUUCACAAAGUGUAUAUAAGCCUAUGAAAAAUCUAAUUUGAUAAACAGCGGUGUUCAUACACAGCUUGGUCCAACAACCUGUCUUUAACUACAAUAAAGAUAUACAAACACUUGCUUCGGCUGUUGUAUAACAUUUUUAUAACCUAAAAACUCAUUCAAUUUCCUGUAUUUCACUCGAUUUCCUAUAAUCCUGGAAUGAUUGAAUUUGUUGAGAAUGACCUUGAAAGAGGCAUGACGGCGGUUUGUGGACAUUCCGUCGUGUAUUAUCGUUUGUUUAUUUUAGGUAAAUAUAAAAAACUCUUUUUUGUGACAGUUCAAUGUGAAUAAAGUCAAAUUUUCCACCCAAUAAAUGGGCACGUGUAAUAAGAAAAUGAACGAGUCGCGAAUUUAAAAAUUCUGGGAACCUCGGGUUUACAGUUAUUGAAUUCUGAGCAGUCGGGUAAUGGGAUAUUAAAAUAUAUUUGUGCCGAUACUGAAGUGGCCCCGAGAGAGUUCUCAUGGGAAGGUUAGGCUAAAUUCUUGUUGCUGUUAUUGAGUUGUGAAAAAAAAAUUCGUCGCAACUUAUGGACCAACUGAUUUCACAUUUUCAGUAGUUAAAGAUAGUGAGGCGUACUGUCGUGCUAUCACCUUUAUAUUAUUUAUUUUCAAAUUUCCUCUGAUUAUCAUGGGAACCGAUAUUUCCAAAUCAUCAGAAUUUUUUUUCUUUUUGUUUAGUUCACGGGCACACUUUUUUGUCUAGCUAGACAGCUCGGGCGUGAACGUUCAGAUACAUCCGCGGCCUUUGCGUCCACAUAUUGCUAUCUUAUAUGUAUAGUCAGUUUUACAGUUGCGAGUUUUGCAUCAUCCGCAAAUACAAGUCGACACAUUGAUAUAUUAUAUCUGUAUAUUGUAACGAAAGGGCGACUUUCUGCUGAGUUGACAUAUAGCCAAUAUGCUAAAACUGUUCUAAUUUUGUUAUAAUAUAUUAAUGAGCAUAUAUGGAACUCUAACCGUUGUAAAUAAUAAUUAUUCUUAUGCAGUCCUUGGACUGGGACUUGUUCAAGUCAUUGGUUCGUCAUAUGAUUAGCAUAAUAAGUUGAUAAUUUUUCUCACCUGUAGAACAAAUAUGAAAAUCCCGUUAUUUACUGUAAUUAAUGCUAUGAACGUAAUUGAUAUAAUUUCGAUAAAAUGAUAGUUUUUAUUAUCAACUUACGAUUGUCUUAUCUUAAUCGGAAGUUGCUUAUCCACUAUGCUGUGAAUACUAUUACUAUCAAGUAAUCAUUGUUGACCUUAUCACUAAGAUACAGAUACAGAUAGUGGAGGAAGAAGCAGCAUGAUUUGCGGAUUUGACGCAUUUGGGAAGCUGCUAUUAUAAAAUAAGAAAAAUUUUAACAUAUAUUAUAUAACACGAGCAAAUAAAUCAUUGAAAGUAACAGUGCGCAUUUGCAACACAUCGACACAGCACAGGCGAAAAUGGGACUUCAACGUGAUUUCGCAAAGGUAUCAAAUAAUAGCGAACAACAGAAAAAUGAGCAGAAAUACAGAGCAACUAAUAUUUGGAACAAACUCAUACUGUCGUUUAAGCAAGCUAUACACUGUAAAACUCACCGACAACAUCUACGAAAGUUUGAAAAGUGUUUUACCGGUAGUGAGGCAAAGAAAGUAAUGUUCAAGUUGUUAGUUCAUUGUGAAAGUUUAACAGAAAACGUUACAAGACAAAAGACGAUGAAACUGCUACAAAAGUUUCUGGAUAAUCACAUCACAGAAGAUGUUUAUGGAAAAUGGCUCGGAGAAACAUUCACAGCUUCAAGCAAAUUGUACAGAUUUUCUUAUGGCAUGAAAUCGAAUACACUCAACGAAAAGUGUCUUAUUCGAAUGGCAGACUUAAAAUACUCUGACCCCCGUAGCGGAAACCGCACUAUUCGAUCAACAUUACGUUCUCCACAAGGAAAUACACCGAGGCUCAAAUCAAUUUUAUUGUUGCUCAAAGAUAUACCAAGUCCUCACAAAACCCACGGGGUUUCGAAGAAAAAGGAUAAAAAAAGAUCGGUAUCUAGCUCACCACCCACCCCACCUUUGAGAAAAAGAUUUUCAACUUUUUCAACUGUCAUACGACAAUCUGAAUUGUUGUCAAGUCCAACUUUCAUCCGCUCCGGAGUCAAAAGAUAUGCGUCCACGGAUUCAAGCGCAACAAACCCGGACAAAAGACUAAGAACAUUGUAGUCUGUCACGAUUUUAUUUUUAUUUCAUUGUUCUUCUAUUAUCCUUGUUCUUCUAUUAUGAUGAUGUUCCAUGUUUAUGUUCCAUAUCAUAUAUUUAUUACCGUUAUAUUAAGUGUAAGAUUUUUUAUACGAAUUCACUGAGAUGAUAUUUCCUACAAUGUAAGCCAGUGAUGAGAAAAAUAAUCAUGUGAUGCAGAGGAAAUUUUUAACCUGUGCAAAGUCAUUUCAACGCAGGCGGUAGAAUUCAGAAAUUGUUCUUCUAUUAU